GUGUUGCCAUACUUCGCCGAACGGAAGACUGUUCUGAGUGUUGUCUUUUCUGGGAAGAAGGAUCGGUCUCCGGCAAGUUUCCCAGUCCAAGUGCAAAGGUAAUUGAAAUAUUUGAAUGGAGGAGGCAACCAAUAACUCUAAUCAGGAAGCUGUUCCUAAACCUCAAGUCAUAUACCGCUGUAAAAAAUGCCGUAGAAUUGUGGCUGCGGAGGAUAACAUAGUUCCUCAUGAGCGUGGAAAGGGAGAACAAUGCUUUAAAUGGAAAAAGAGAAGUGGUAAUCCUUGGGACACGGAAAAAGAACCAGCUGAAUGCUCCUCCAUAUUUGUGGAGCCCUUGAAAUGGAUGCAAACAGUGCAAGAGGGUUUUGUUGAAGAGAAACUUCAGUGCAUGGGCUGCAAAGCUCGUCUGGGUUCUUUCAACUGGGCAGGCAUGCAAUGCAGUUGUGGAGCUUGGGUUAAUCCAGCAUUUCAGUUGCACAAAGGCCGCUUAGAUGAGUGCCAUAUGUGAAUCAAACGACUUUUCUUACAUGUUAGGGAGUUAGUCUUUCUACUAUCUAAAGAAGGAAGACUAAACAUUGACAUGUAUAAAAUUUUCCAGGAGAUUAUCAUGUAGAAGUGCCUGAUCAUGGCAUUUUCCGAGAGACUUGUUAAAGUUUAGCCCCAUCCAAAAAAUUGUUAUUUAAAGUAGCGAAAAUUUCUUACUGUAU